ACUACGGGCGGAAGUUUGCUUAGAGGAGGGCGGAAGUCGCCUGCCGUGUGCUGUAUCUGAUGAAGAGGCCGCAAUGGAUUCGGGAUCCGUUGUGAUUCAGAACAAUGAUGAAGGAAAAUGUGCGUCUCCUUCAGAAGAGUGUAACAGUGAAGUGUACACGAAGUUUAUGAAGAACCACAAAUGCUAUGACCUUAUCCCCAUCAGCUCUAAGCUUGUGGUGUUUGAUACCUCUCUGCAGGUGAAGAAGGCAUUCUUUGCACUGGUCAGCAAUGGCGUAAGAGCAGCACCCUUGUGGGAUAGCAAGACGCAGAGUUUUGUGGGUAUGCUUACCAUCACAGACUUUAUUAAUAUUCUUCAUCGAUACUACAAAUCUUCCAUGGUGCAGAUUUAUGAGCUGGAGGAGCACAAGAUAGAGACGUGGAGAGAAGUUUACUUGCAAGACUCAUUCAAGCCUUUGGUCAGCAUAUCGCCCAGCGCCAGCUUGUUUGAUGCAGUCUCCUCCCUGAUAAAGAACCGCAUUCAUCGUCUUCCAGUCAUUUCUCCAGACUCUGGAAAUACCUUGUAUAUAUUAACACACAAACGCAUUCUUAAAUUCCUCAAGUUAUUUAUGUCUGAAAUGGAGAAGCCGAGUUUUGUGACACAAACUUUAAGGGAGUUGAAGAUUGGCACGUACAAUGACAUUGCUAUGGUUAAUCCCAACACUCCUGUAUAUGUUGCUUUGGGUAUUUUUGUACAGCGUCGCGUCUCUGCUUUGCCCGUUGUGGAUGAUUCUGGGCGGGUAGUUGAUAUCUAUUCCAAGUUUGACGUCAUUAAUUUAGCAGCGGAGAAGACGUAUAACAAUCUGGAUAUCACAGUGACAAAGGCUCUUGGACAUCGUUCUCACUACUUUGAAGGUGUUCUUAAGUGCUACCAGCAUGAAACUCUUGAAACUAUUAUUAACCGCCUUGUAGAAGCAGAGGUGCACAGACUGGUGGUGGUGGAUGAAAAGGAGGUAGCCAAAGGAAUAGUUUCUCUCUCUGAUAUUCUGCAGUGUCUGGUCUUGACAACUGGAGGUGUGAAUAGUCUGUGACCGUCUCAAACUUGUUUCAUCACCUCAGUGCUACAGUAUAGUGAUUCACAAAAAAUCCCAGCACCUCUUCAGAUCUAGACCGCGUUCAGCAAUAAGCGGAAUAGUCCUCAAGACAUCUGGCUGCGACCUGAGGAGACCUACCAUCCUGUACCUCCAGAAUUGAUCUAAAGCAAUACUUUGGGGCAUUACUAUGGAUGGACCAAUGAUCUAAGAGUUGUGAGAGCCUCGCAGACCGACCGUUCAUGGGGGAGUACACAGUAUUGAAGACUUAACCAGAGUCACUCUGAACAUUAUUUUAUAUAGAUGCCACUACUCCUUGUACUGUUGUUAUAGCCAUUUCUCAUAUUAUCCUUGGAGAACAGAAAGGAGAUGACCUAAUGAUUUUGGUAGCAUGGUGCAGUGUGGUUAUUAGAAUAAACUUGCUGUGUACACCUGGCAUUAGGGUCAUAUCACAAUUUUUCACGGAAGGCUAUAUAUACUUUGCACUCGGCUGACUGAAGAGUCAUGUGCCCUUUUUCUUUAUGAAGUUUCCCUUUUUUUAUCCAACUGUCCCUCUUAGACAACGUAGAUUGUGCUGUUUGCAUUCCAAUAUACAUAACCGAUUUCUGAAGUGCAGCUCUGAGAUAUAGUAAAUGUUUCA